UGUUUCUCCUGUAAGCGUGCGCGCAGUGUGUGCGUGUUGGUGUGUGAGUGUGUGAGUGAAUGUGAUGUGUGUGUGUGCGUGUGUGUGUGUGUGUGUGUGAGAGAGAGAAAGAGCAGAAAAGAGAACAUUUCAUAGGAAGUUUAUAAACGCUGGAGUGUGAUAAGUUUGUUUUGGGGCUUGUUUUUCCUGCUUACAUCACCAGCAGCGCUCAGUGUUGAGCUCAGCUGGUCAUGUUAUCUUCAGCAAAGUUUUCCUUCAGCAGUGUGCCGUGGAGCGGAGUGUCGAGCUCGGUUUAGUGAGGAUACCUGGCAUGGUUUAAGCAGAAAUAGUCUUGUUAUAGUUAGUUUUUUUUCGAAUGGCGUUCGUGGGAUUGUGUAGUGGAAGCAGGCUUGUGCUGCUGCUGGUGAGCCCUUACUGCAGUUGCUGGACCCAUUCAGAUUCAGAGGACACUGUAUAAGUGGUAACUGACUUUGUAGAUUAGCCAGAUGUCUGGUCAAGUAGGCCAGGUAUGAAUGUGUAGAGACCGUUUUUAACAACACAGACGUAAAAAGAAGGAAAAAACAAACAAACAAACAAACAAAAAAACAAAUCUGGGGCAGGAUGCUGAAGACCCUCACUAAAAAACUCAGAAGACAUUCCCUCAAUGAAAUCCAUCCUUUUCAACUUAAGAUUUCUUACCAUGGUAGUGAGGAGGGUGGAGAGAGUGAGGAUUCUGAAGGGGAAAACCAAGAGCUGGCACAGAUUGAUAGAGAGCGUAGGAGAAACUGUGUUUUGACCCCUCUGGCCACAAGCCAACAGCACAACCAGGGUCUGCUGUCCCCAGCCCACCUACGGCGCUUGAGGCUGCUGCUGGAGCCAGCAAUGGACCGCCACAGUUCAGAAGAGGAGCUAGAGCGUAUCGCAGGGGCCACAGGACCCGAGGGCAGCUGCAAGUGGCCCCGAAAUGGCGAGCUCAGCAGCGCUUCCAGUGACGAGGAGGUGAAAGAUCUGUGUGAGCCCAGUUCUGGAACCCGUCUGAGUGCCACUUCGCCCAGCCCGGUUCUUUUCAGCUCCUCUCCACCCAGAGGCCUCAAACCCCCACCCACUGUUACCACAGCCCGGCUCCCCGCCAGGCCCAUCAUCCUCAGUCAUUUUGAGCAGCCCGCCAUGCCCUACUGGAGGCAUCGGCCGUCCUACACAGGGGAGCCUGGCCGGCCCAGCCUGGACCUGGAAAAGAUGCAACAGAAAAUGCUCCUGAAAAAAAACUGCGGUGGGAAAACAAGGACUAUAAAGAUCCGGAAUUUGAGCAGCAGUCGUCACUCCCCCAGAUACUCCUAUGACCCGUCCAUCUUUGCCUUCCGGUCUCUGAGCACAGCAACCCCAUGCAGCCCCCUGCUCUCCAACGAGGAACCUCCGUGUGCAUGAGGGGAAACGACUGGAACUUUUCAGAGACUAAACAACAGAGUUUGUUGGACCAAUAUUUCCUUCAUUAGGACAAAAGACAAUGUUCUUGUCUUGUUAUUUUGCAGGAAUUUAGCCUGAACAAAGUCCCUCUGUUGAUAAAACAGGAAGUCUAGACAGAAUGGCAGAAUGUACAGGAGGAUCAGGGAGUUGGGCGACAUUUUCUUGUGCUAUCUCUCCCUCUCUGUCUCUCUGACCCGAUCUCAGGAAAUCCCUUUGAUACUUGCUACAAUGACAAGGCCAUAGCCACUGUAGUGAACUGCAAACAACAGAGCCACAAUCUAAAGCUGCAUUUGACAGCUACAGAUGGGAGAAACCAGCAUAAUUUGUUCAGUGGUUCUUAGAUAAUGCCUCAUAACUGGCCACCUCUUGAUGUUUCAGGUAUGUACUUGUUCCAUUGCAGUUUUGGGCAUGUGCAUCAACACUGUUUGGAGAUCAUGUAGAGCAGUGGUCACAAACCCUGGUCCUGCAGAUUUACCUUCUUGUAGAGUCUAGUUCCAGUCACAAUCUGCUACACCUGCUCCAGCUAAUUAACUUACUUAGAAAUCUGCGAAUCAGAAGCAUUAGUGACGGCUAAGGAGGGGUAGCACGGCAGAUGCAGGUUAGAACUAAACUCUUCCGGAAAGAUCUCCAGGAAGAGGGUUGGCGACCGCUGUUGUAGAGGGUCUAAACCAGGGGCGCCCAAUCCUGGUCCUGGAGAUCUAGCACACUGCAGUGUUUAGCUCCAAACCUAAUCUAUCAGACCUGAUCCAGGUAAUCAAGGCUCUCCAGGGUGGUAGAUCUCCAGGACCAGGAUUGAGCACCCCGGUCUGAACCAAGAGCAUCAGUUGUGAUGGGAAAGAGAGACAAUCUAUUACAUUUCUGAGUGAUUUUUAAAAAAAAAUUUUUUAACUUGAGAGGUAUUACCAACAGAGUGACCAGAGGCCAGGUUUCCAACAUUAGGAGGAAUUUGGUAAUAACUCCAGAUAAGAUUUCAUACUAUUUAGGUUUGGUCAGCAGUCUAAUUAUUAAAUCAGUAAUGAUUUAUAUAACCGGUUGUGUGAUUUAAAGACUGAAAUUACCUGGUGACUGCUCUAGUGCUUGUCUAAUGUGUACUGUACUUUGACAAUACGUAUGUAGACAAAAUAAUGAAGAAUCAUGGUACUAGUCCAGACUUAGACUUAGCAUUAAGCAUGCAAAUCUGUUGAACAGUCGCACGUUUGACAGCUGUUUCAUCAGACAGCGUAUACAGUGUGAUGUGCCUAAACUAUGCUCCUUUGCCACGUUUGAUUGUUUUGGGUCAUGUGCAGUUAAGUACCAAAGUAAGUCAUUUUCAUGAUGUUUCAUUUUAAACUCCAUAUGGUUUAAGUCGCUUUCACCAUCCUGACCACACCCUUCCAUUUGUUUUGGUAAAAACAAAUAGAAUGUUGAAUAUAAAACAUGGAAGACAUGUUAAUGUGUGCAGUAUAUCACAUAAGUAAUCACAUUGUGUAAGAUAGGUUUUGAUUAACUAUGUACUGUAUUCAACAGCAUACCUAGCCUUUCGCUGAAUGUAGCCUACACUUGUAGGGGUCGAAGCAUAGGAUAACUACAAGGAACUAUUUUUUUUUUUGGAGUUGUUAUGGGUUCUACAGGUUCCACAUCAGAUAUAUCCGUGUGAAAGAAAUAUUAUAUGCACCUUUGGUUUGGACAGAACAGACAUGUUUGUAACAUGUGAAAAGCCACUCGUCCUCUUCCCACUGUUCCACUGAGAGAAAUAAACAUCUCUUGGCUCCAACAGUGUGGACUUUGUAACACUUACUUUCACUCAAGAUUACAUUUUUUGCCUGUAACACCAUUUCUUGAAUUGUUUUUCAUGCUAACACGACCCUGAGAUCUCUUUACCCUCAUUUUGUAACUGGAGUAAUGCCUCUUAAGCUGGAAAGCCUGGCAUGCAUGUCAGUAGAGAUGCAGUUGUGUCUGAUUUGAGCUCCAUGUGUGAGCCUUGUGUUCCAGCUAAGGGAGUUGAGGCAGCGGCCACCGUGUCCCUCAAUGUUUGGCUCAGGAUCUACAGCCAAAGACCCCACAGAACAUGUCCUGAGGGGAGCACGCAUCUAGGAUCUGGCCAAACUGAAGCUUGGGCUGGGUCAACAUACCACUUCCUCAUUGAUCUUGCUUGGUAAUGACGCUGUCUCAUUGUAACCAGGCAGUAAAAAGAACUGCUCACAGACUGUUUAUAGGAAAUCAAGACUAUUGAUAGGGCAUCUGCCCUGUCUUAAACUCUUCCGGGAAGGUUUUACAGUAGAUUUUGGAACAUUGCUGUGAGGAUUUGAUUGUACUUAGCUUGACGAGCAUUAGCGACGUCAGGUACUGAUGUUGGACAAUCGGUUCUGGAUCACAACCGUUGCUCUAACUCAUCACAAAGGUAUUGGAUGGAGCUUGAUCGCUUCAUAGAAUACGGUGCAUCACAGCCAAACAAUGGGACUUUUAUUCCUCUAGCUGACAUUCGGCAUGACCUUAGGCUCAUGUGCAGCUGCCCCAGAGUGUCUCAUCUUCUAUUAGCAGCGCUUUUUAAAGGAGCUGUCCUUCUGUCCAUCUAUGCAUCUAUAUAUAAAAAUUUGUCUGGAUACUUUUGGAUAUAGUAUGUAUACGUCCAAAAGUAUCCAGACAAAUUUUGAAUGAGUAAACUCAGUGCUUGUAUAUGAGGGUGAUCAUACAUUCUUUUUCCACAACUUGUCCUCUGUAUGGGAUCUAAUAAACUUGUCUGGACAAAAAAUCCUAACUUGCCCAAAAUGUGUGGAAUUUGGCUUCCAUGGUAGGAUUUGCCCCAUGCCACUCUGUAAUGUGUAAUGUCCUCUUUUUUGAAAUCCAAAAUAUGGUCAUCCUAUUUUAUAACAGAGAGAUAUUACUUGUACUGGUACUGAAAUAAAGUGUCUAGAUGUGCAAGAUGUGCGACUAGGUGUGCAGAAGUUCAACAUGUACAAUAAGGUGUGCAUAGUUCCGUAGUCCAGGUGCUCCAUAGAAAAGCUCCGCUUUUAGAAUGGGAUGCUUUUGAGCAGCCGGACAUGAGCCUAAGGUCGCCAUGCCCAGCGUUAGCCAGAGGUGUAUAUGGAUCUUUCUACCAAAUUGGUUCAAAGUCAGAGCUGAAAACACAUUUUAGACUUUUAACUGACUUGAACUUUAGACUACAGUCUUUUUGCUUUGAGUGACCCCAUACCUUGUUAUAUUAACAGCCAGCAACUUUUUUUUUUUAUUAAAACACAAGUUUACUUAACAGCAGAAAAUAUGUUUCAGAAAUGACCAUUCUUAAUGUUUCACACUGAUUUCCAGACUUUGGGACACAUUUACUUCAAAUCAAAGGGAUCUAACUGCUCACCAUGUGGCCAUGAGGGACAGGGAUGCAGUCUCACUUCCAUUUCUGAAUUGCAGAGGCGUGGCCAAAAUAAGGCUCUGCCUAUGGACUGAACUGUAUGUUUCAGUAGUGGCAUGAAAAUUUGGUAAAACUUUUUUAAAUUGAGCUGUUCUUUAUAUAAAAGUCAACUCUAAAAUAAAUAAAUAAAUAAAAAACAUUAAAAAAUGAAAGUAUUAUAUCAAGUUGAAAUUUAGGUGCUAAGAUUUGGGACAGACACUUCACAACAGAAAGUACCCUAUAAAUGAUCCUGUUGACAUUAAUAUUAAUGCAUUGAGUUUAAAUAUCUAAUGUCUAAAUAUUUCACUCUUUUCUUAAAUAGGCAUUUUUACUGUGGUCCUGCAGUUUGAACUAAAUGGGUAGAAUAAUCCAUAUAAGACAGAAGGAUUGAUGGACAGGUGGGACAGACAGGCAGACGCUUUUUAAUCUUGGAAGGCAACUGUAAACAUCACAAGAGCUACAAAAAAAAGACUGUGAACUCCAUUAUUAAUAACAACGAUACAUAGAAGAGAAAGAACAACGAUGGGAAUGGGCAACAAAGUAUUCAUCAGUAUUUUGUAGCUCCAGCUCUAACCUCACGCUGCUUUUUGGCCCUUUUAUGUCUUUUUAAAUGAUCUAAGGAGCUGUUUCCUGUAUAUUCCUUAUUGCUGUCUACAAAUGAUCAUUAGUGACUGGAUUUUUCUUUUAUAAACAUUUCCUAACAUUGUCCCACAAGUUUAACAAUGGGAUGUAGACCUAGGGAUGUCCUUUGGUGAUGUCAUGACCUAAAUUUCCUCCACCUCAAACCACUCCCUUACUGGAAAUGCCAUUUUUCUUUGUCUUGAUGCAAUAUGCAGUCUUUUGUUUUUGUAGCUUACCAUCUAACAGAAGGGACAGAUCUGUUUAAACACAUUAAAACAGUUGCUAAACAUCAACGUA